AUGCCGAGCAUCAGUACUACCGUAUACUAUGCGCUGGUCGUGGCUUGGGGCGCCUCGUUUUACCAAUUAACGCUGAAAGAUAUUUUCGCCACAACAUACGGAUUCGGACGAGUCAUCCAAAACAUUGAUGAGUUCCCGUAUUCUUGCCGGCGCAUCGAGCAUGAGCGGCUGGAAGGGUGCGAGGAUUUGUGGCUUGAUAAUGAGGCGCGGGUGCUUUACGCUGCAUGUGCGGGGACAGAGAGUAGACUAGCCUGGACCCCGGCAAACAACAACCUGAACGCUUCUGGACGGAGACUCCGCGGCUCUGAUUUGAUUGCUCUCGAUAUCGAUAAGCCUGGUAAUGAUGGCUUGUUUGGAAUGCGGGCUAUCGGAACAGUCGGCUAUGUUGGAGCUCUGGGCGACGAUGCUCUUGAUCUCCACGGGCUGGACGGUGAGGUCGUCGAUGAAGACACAAUUCACUUUUACCUUGUGAACCAUCGACCACCAGUCGAUGCAAACAGGAAAUUGCUUGAUGCAGAAGAAAUCGGUGCAAACUCGACCAUCGAGGUGUUUGAGUUGAAGAGGGGUUACGCUACAAUGCGACACCUUCGAACGGUGGCGUCACCUGAGAUUCGGACGCCGAACCGUGUAGCUGCCGUUGGUGGCGGAGCAUUCGUACUGACGAACGACCAGUCCGUCAAAGUCGGUCAACGCAGGAUGUUCGACGGUAUGAUCGGAGGAGGCAAUGUCGCCUAUUGCUCCGCUUCAGGAGUAUGCCACUCUGCAUAUGAGGGAAACGAAGAAGACGGAGAAGCAUCUAAAGUAAGAGCGGGCAGUCGACGAACAUCCCACGCUCUCAUAGAAUCCGCAUCCAAGUACCUCCCUAAAGCCAAACUCAAGUUCCCCAAUGGGCUUACUAGGGGCAAGGACGGCCUCAUUUACGUACCCAGCUCUAUCGACGGGAAAGUACGCGUCUUCGGCGUAAGAGAUGACAAAACCCUGAAACUUUUGGACACUAUCUCUGUCGGCAUGCCUAUAGACAACAUCUCGCCGGAUGCUAACGGCGAUAUCUACGUUGCAGGCUUUCCGAGGUUAAGAGACAUUUUCAAGUCCUUUCCCAACCCAAGAGAGAUAGGAGCAGCUGUGUCUAUCUUGAGAAUCAAAAAGGUGGAUGCAAGUAGUGCGGACAGAGUGCGUUACACAGUUGAAAAGGUGAUUGAAGACGAGAAGGCGGAAGUGUUGAGUGGCGUGACAGUCGCCACACAUGAUGCAAAGACCGGGAGGUUGUUUGCAGGUGCUGUUGUUAGUCCAUACCUUGUGGUUUGUGAGCCGAAAUGA